AUGGUGAAAUCACCUCAUCCAAAAUCGUCCUCUUCAGCUUAUGUGAGAAUAACUGCAUCCGGUAUAACAGCAAAUCUGGUCCAAUUAGGAACAUCGAUGAUAACACGUGGCAGUCAACAAGAUCUCCUUUUUGAUCCUGGAACAUAUUCCGUUGAUCCUGAUGAAGAUUCAUUUGAUGCCAGUGGAUGGAAAUAUUCAUAUUACUGUCGAAUAUAUGGUUUGUAUAAUUUUCCUAACAUUCAAGGUGUUUUAUUAACAAUUGACAAUUCAAAAAAUGAUCCUUUCAAUCCAUCAUGUUUAUCAAAUCGAUCAGAUAAUGAAACUGGAUUGAUAUUUGGAAAUUUAACUUUAUCACCCAACUCAUCUUUAACGGUUCUUUCUGGUUCACUUCAACCAGAUCAAAUCUAUCAAUUUAUGGUUUUGAUGGAAAAUAAGAAAAAUUCGUCUAUUCAAGCGACAGGAUAUGUACUUGUUACUGUUGUAAAUACGGCUCCAAAAUUGAUUGCUAUUGGUUGUGUUGUAUCAGUAUUAUGUGUUCCAAAUCUUGAAUUUCAACUUCUUAAUCCAACAACACAAGUGGCUCUAUUUUCUGUCUGUAUUGGAGAUUGUACAAAUCUUCAAAAUAUAAAAUGGAAUAUUUAUCAAGGCCCACAAAAUUUAUCUGCUAAUUCUACGCAACGGACGUUAUUCAAUCAAACGAUUUUAUACGAAAAUCUUUGGUUUUUCGGUAUAAACACAACUAAUUUUACAGCAAUAAAUAAUUUAUUUCUUGAUAAUCCUCAAAUAAAUCUUUGGCGUUUUGAAGUUGUUUAUACAUUUCUAUCUGAAACAAGUACAAGUGCAUUGAAUUUUAUUAUUAAUCAAUCUCCUUAUAAUGGUACAUGUUCAAUUAACCCUAUGAAUGGUACAACAACAACAUUGUUCACAGUUUUAUGCCCAGAUUGGUUUGAUGAAGAUGGAAUAAAGGAUUAUUCAUUAUAUGCCUGGACAACAGAUAUAUCAAAACGAGUAAUGAUUGCAUUUUCACCCGUAUCUAAUUUUCAAGUUCGAUUACCACCUGGAAAUAAUUCGACAUCAUUACUUAAUGUUGUCAUUUAUGUUCGAGAUGUUCUUAAUUGUAUUACAGAAGUAAAUAUGUCUUCUCUUAGUGUUAUAGCAGAUUCUGUGGGAAUUAAUGACUUAAUUAAUGAUUUACAAAGUUCAUCUGAUACAAUAACAAAUAAUCAUAUUGUUCAAUUACUUUCAAGUGGAAACCAAAAUGUUGUUGGACAAAUUCUUACUUCACUUUCUCAACAAUUCGAUCAAAUGAAUUAUGAAAAAUUAGCUAAAGCUAUUUCAAGCGGAGUACCAACUGCAAGUAUUUUAAUAUCACCAUUGGGAAGUCAGAGCUUGCAACAAAGUUUAGUACCAUUGAAUGAAUCAGAUUUAACUGAAUUUAUUAAAAAAUUAAAUACUCAAGCAAAUAUUCGAGAUUAUCUAAUGACAUUUACAACUAAUCUUCCUAUAACAACAAUUAGUAGUAUUAAAUUACAAUCAUCAUCAUUAGUCCAAUUAACUCAAUCAACAAAUCAAUUAACACGAACAGCUUUGACAAUCGCAUCAAAUAGAUGUUACCAAUUGUCUCUUGCUUUAUAUUCAAUGGCAGGACAAUUUCCAUAUGAAGAUAUUCAAAUAGCAGCAAAUCAACUAACUCAAUGUGCUACCAAUGUUUUGACCGGUGUAAAUGGACCAUUACAAGGACGCACAAUGGUACUUGAUUUGGAUCUCUCUCGUGCGAAUCCAUCAUCUACGUAUUAUGAUACUGAUCUUGAUUCUGAAUUGUCAAACAUAAAUUUAUUUGGAUCUGGUGAUGAUGCUUCAAUUGAAGCAAAUCGAAAUAGUUAUUAUCAAAAACAAUUAGCAAAUGAAAUAAUUAAUCAAGCAAAUGAAAUGAUUUCAUUAAUAACAUCUUCAUUAAAUAUUUAUUUAAAUAUUGGUCAAAAUCAAAUAAUAAAUACAUCUCAAACAUUUAUGUCAUUAGAAACAAUUUCAACCGAAUCACUUUCAAAUAAAAUUGUUAAACAAAUUGGAAAUGCUCAAUUUCAUAUUCCAUCGGGCUUUACUCUAAAUACAACAAAUAAUUCUUCAAUUUCACUUCGAUCAAAAAUGGAUACUCUUGCUCCAUUUGGAAAUUUUUCCAAUACAAAUCUUUCAAAUACAGUUGCACUUUCAAUUCUGGAUCGAAAUGGAAAUGAAGUUUCUUUGAAAACCGAUCAUAGUAAUCCAAUACGAAUAAUUAUUCCUCGAGAUCCAAAUCUUCUAAUUCCUGAAAUGUAUUUACAAAAUGUAACAUCAAUUAAUUCAACUAAUCAAAAUCUAUUAUUUAAUUUACAUUAUAUUAAUAUAACAAGUUCUCUUUCAAUUUCACUUCAUUUUGAAAUUCAACCUUUGAACAUAAUUCUUGGAUAUUUAUUUAUUUAUAAAUUUGAUCAAACACCACAAUUAAAUAGUUCAAUUAAUUCUAUCGAUGGAUGGACACUUUUUUGUCCUUCAAAUUUGACUAAUGAAAAUAUUUAUAAAUAUUUUAUUGAUAAUCAACAGACAUCUGGUCAUCAAUCAUUUAUAUUUGGAAUAAGAGAAUUAAACUCAACAGAAAUUUAUAAUCAUUGUUCAAAUUAUAGUUCAACAAAUACACUGCCAAUUACAGAUCAACCAUUUAACUUUACAUCAAAUUAUCAAUUGAGAAUUUACACGUCAGGCUGUUAUUAUCUCGAUCAAUAUAACAAUUGGCAAUCAGAUGGAUUAAUUGUAUGUUUUGUUUUUCUUUAUUAGACGUGUCCUAAACUUAUUUUAAAUGAAGAAAGGAGAGGAAAAGCAACGUUUACGGAGAUGUUAACAAUUAUUUAGGAAAUUGACUUCUAACAAUUUAAUAAAUUAUAAAAUAAAAAAAAACGAAAUUUCUCAAUAUUAAUUGAAUGAUUUCAUCUGCUCUAGACAUUAUUCACAAGAAAGUAUUAUGCGUUUCAAAAUAAAAGGCAGGUUGUCAUUUUUUAAAUAAAACUUUCGUUGAGCGCAAGAUAUGGAUCUGAGCCUUUCACCAUUUGAAAGAGCGAUGUCUGGGCCAUCGAUUGGUAUAGAAUUCAUUAAGACGAAAGAUUACUUUUCAUAGGUAUUUUUGGGUGACCACUUUUUUCUGCUAUUAUUUUC